AGGGGAGAGCGGCCAUCAUGGCGCUGCGAGCCGGGCCCGGGCGCUGCCGCUGCCUGGCGCGCGCGCUGCUGGUGCCGGGGGCGGCCCGCGUCCCCCCGCCCGGCCCCCCGGCCCCGCCGCCCGGCCCGGCCCCGCCGCUCGCCGGGCUCCGGCCGCUCCCGCCUGCCGCGCGGUUCGCCAGCACCGCCGGGCGGGGGCCGGAGGCCGAGGGUCCGCAGCGGCGAGUGGUGGUGGUGAAGAUCACUAGCCCCUUGGCCUGGCUCCGCACCCGCUUCUACUACCUCCUCAUCCGCCUCUAUUUCGACCAGGAGUUCAGCGUCGAGGAGUUCACCCGGGGAGCCAAGCAGGCCUUUUCUGUUGUUUCAAAGCUGCUGUCUCAGCGUAAACUUGACCUGCUGGAUGAACUUGUAUCAGCAGAGGUACUUCAGGUGCUGAAGGAAAAGAUUUCUUUGCUCCCUGACAACCACAGGGAUGCUUUAGCAGCUGACAUUGAUGCAAUCAUGUACACAACAGAAGGAGAUGUUCGCAUUUACUAUGAUGAUGAUGGAAGAAAGUUUGUUAGUAUCCUGAUGCGCUUCUGGUAUCUGAAUGGUGCUAACCUACCUGAUGAAGUACCAGGUGAAACAAAAGUUUUCCAGAUUAUGUUUGGAGAUGAAAGCACGAAAGAAAAAAGACAUCUUUUAACAGCAAACUAUGAGUUCCAAAGGGAAUUUACAGAAGGUGCAAAACCAGAUUGGACAAUUACACGAAUUGAACAUCCAAGGCUAUUAGAAUAAAUGCCUUCUACAGUCCUUUUAUGUACCAUUGUAGAUGUUCUGAUGUAACAAAUAUCAGGGUUUUUUUGAUCUUUUUUUGCCUUCCUGCCUUCUUGAACAGAGGGAUGAAUUUUGUAUGUUUGAUUUCCCAAAAUUGUUUUUGAAACUUACACUAUGCUGCAGCAUAACAAUAAAGCCUUUUCCCUGGAA